AUGACUGGUACCCCAAUUCAAAACCAUUUGGGUGAACUUUACUCUCUAUUCACAUUCGUCCAUCCCGAACGUUUUGCGGAUAAAAUAACAGCGAGGGAGGAAUUUGUGGAACGUUAUAAGAAUGACGCGAAGCUACCCGAGUUGAGAAAGAUCCUGUCUCAAUAUCUCAUUCGGCGUACCAAAGAUGUUGUAUGCAAAGAGCUGCCGUCAUGUGAUCAGGUGAUAAUUUAUCACAACAUCACUGAACUACAGAAGAAGCUCUACUUGGACAUAAUAGCGAGAGAUCACGGCCUUCUCGGGCCGGAUUACUUUCAUGUAUUUGAGAAUCUGGAACAUGGCAGAAGUGUUACUGAUGAGAGUGGUUUGGGAUUUGGUGGUCUAGGUAUAACGUGA